AUAGAGUUACGCUGAAGGUGUUCCGAAGGACCGUGUGAAUGAAACUCCAACAUAUGUUGAAUCUAAGGACAGUUCAAUCAAUAUCAGUGAGAUGAUUGGAGUUAAAGGCAUAGUGCUACUACUGUGUACGGCGUGUGCCAUCGCAAAGUCUAAAAGUGACAGAGCUCGAUCAGCAAGAUGGAUUUCAGGGAAAGCCCUCAGGACAAUAGUAGAGGAAUACUCAGAUCUCACCGAAUUUAAAGAACUUGUCCGACCCAUUCUCAUCCCUAGAAUGCCAGAUACAGAGGGCAGUACUCGAGUCAGAAAUUAUCUUGUCAACUUUCUGCGUGCUCUUAACUGGCACAUUGAGGAAGAUGUCUUUCAGGAUGACACACCGUGGGGCAGGAAGACAUUUGUCAACAUCAUAGCAACACAAGACCCAAGGAAGCCAAAGAAAAUGGUUCUAGCUUCCCACUAUGACUCUAAGAAUAUUACAGACAGAAACGGGAGAGAGUUUAUAGGGGCUACAGACUCCGCCGUGCCUUGUGCAAUUCUCCUUGAUUUAGCUAUACAACUAAACUGUUUGUUUGAAAAAGCCCAGGGAGAAAAGGCUCGUGACAUUACCCCACAGAUUGUUUUCUUUGAUGGGGAGGAGGCAUACAACACAUGGUCAGCAACAGAUUCCAUCUACGGAGCACGACACCUCGCCCAAAAAUGGGAGCAAGAGAAUAAACUACAAGAUAUCGAUAUCUUUGUUCUCUUGGAUUUGAUUGGAACCAGUGAUGUCCAGUUCCACAACUUUUUUCCACAAACAUCCAAUGCUUUUGAACUUCUGGCAAGGAAAGAACAACAUCUGAAAAAAGAUAAACUGCUAAGUGACAACAACAGAAUUCUGUUCAACACACACCCUUACUAUGGGGGAGGUAUUGAAGAUGAUCAUAUUCCAUUUUUACACAGAAACGUUCCCAUCCUCCACCUUAUAUCAGCACCAUUUCCCAGUGUUUGGCACAGAAUGAGUGACGAUGCCGCCCACAUAGAUUAUCACACGACGGAAGACUUCAACAAGGUCUUCCGAGUGUUUGUUGCCAGCUAUCUACACCUCGAUGCCUUACAUACCCAGUGCAGAAGAAAAAAAGAGGAAUUAUGAUAUGAAAGGUAAUAAAUAGUACAUGGUAGCAUGUUUGGGGUGGUUUGACGAGUUCUUAUUAUAUCAUAUAUAUGUUAAAAUGCAGAUAUUGACAAGUGCUUUUGUAAAGCUACAUUCACAUUCCUAUUAUUUUUUUUUUCUGUUAUGCAAUAAUGUGCAUGUCAGUACUAAACUCCUAGAUACAUGUAAUAUGUUCUUUUACAUGACAGAAGGUGAUGUGUUUUAAACUGAGUUCAGCCAGUUUCCUCCCAAAUUGAUGUUUGGUCUUCGACUUACUAACAAGGGGCACAACUGCAUGUAGAAUGUUUAUUUCACAAAAUGAUAACUGUAUACUGGUGAUGCAUGAGUAUUUUCCUAGAAUUUGCCAGCAAUAUCUUGACCCUUUCAUAUGCAAAGUAAAUACCGUAUAUUCUGUACAUAAGUAUGAAAACAUGACAAUUUUGUGGGCUAUAAUGGUAAUUUGUAGUAUCUCCUAGUUUUAUAACUAAUCUGGUUUUUAAAAGUGACUAGAUCAAAAUUGAUUGAAUUUACCAUGAAAAUUUAUGUUAAUUAUUUGAAAAUAAAGUACCAUUUUUAAAACAUAUCAGUCUUGUGAAGGUGAAGCAUUUUGGAUAAAUUCUUAAAUUACUCCUUUGUAGGUGGUGGGGAAUCAACAAAAGCAAUAUGGGAGAUCUUUCAAUUAAACCUCUUCAUUUGAUAACUGAAUUAUUCAUUUGUUUUUCAUUGAGAAAGUUUUUAUUUUAUCCCACCUGAGGAAAAAGGUGAAAUUGUCCACAGUGGUUUGAGUAUCAUAUUCAGUGGUAUGCUAGUCUCAUCAUUUUGAUUUUUCAAGUUCAAAUUUUUCUCAAAUGGUACAUAAAUGUGCAGAAUGCACAAUCACAAAUUGGUUUUUCAGAAUUCCUUACCAGCAGUUUAAACUGUUGAAUAAAAAUAGUGAGGAAUAUAUUCAAAAACAUGUUCAUGUAUGCACAGUAUAUAUGAGGCUCCUCCUCAUCUGCUAUGAUUUAAAUUGUUGUACAAGUCUCUUUUAUUGAUGUAAAGAAUUUGUUUCAUGUGGAAUCAAGUAUAUCUACUCUUACAGUAUUUUCAAAUAAGACAGUUUGUCAUUUCAGUUUAAUUACCUCAUUCAUCUCAUUGGUUUGUCUCUAGUCUAUGGCAUUUACAUUUUGAAUAUUAUUUUUCCCAUUAGCAUCUGAUUAUAUUAACCAUUACCUGGUACAUGUAUAUGGAAAUGUCUCUGAUUUAGCAUAUCUAUUGCAAUGUGAUACACAUUGAUAAACUUAACAGAAUUGAUGUGUAAAAUAAUUUCAUUUAAAUAAAAUUUAUCACUCAUCAGGUAAAGGGAAAAAAAACUAAUAUUAUUGUUUUAUAUAAUAAAAGAAUUUUCAUUUCUUGAAAAAUAUUUACAUCAUAUACCAGUAAAAAGGUGUAUGCAUUAAUUUAAUUCCUGUGAAAAAAGUUUAUUAUUUUACAAGUAUGGUACAUUGUAUACAAUGCAUACCGUUACUGGUAAAUCAAUUUUUAUUUCAUAUUAUUUUUAACGUUAUUUGUUGUCAGUAUAGAGACUGUGAAACUUGUUUUCUUUUAUACACGAAAGUUUCCUUUUGUGUCCCUACAGUGUCAAAGAAGCAUGCAAUGUUAUAUAUCUGAUAUUAGUACAAUCCAGCGCAAUCUCAGCAGCCUGAUACUGAGAUUUUACUUUUAAAAGAUAUUUGUUGUACUUAAUGAACCUAAUUAUCUAUAUCAAUUUGGUAACACUUGACUAAACUGUAAAGGCUUGCCAUAUUUUUGUCCUUUAGCUACUGAGCACAUUUCAGUAUCAGUUUGUUCAUUAAAAGAAUCUGCAAGUUGACAAAUUAGAUAUGUGUCUUGAUGUUCCAUAAAUCCUCUUCUCUGGUUUCAUCAGUAUUCACUGGCACAAAUUUUCACAGAUUUUGCUAAAUGUACAAUUUUUAAUGAUAUGUAAAUGAGUGAAAAAUUGACAUGUCCUGCCCAUUACAAAUGUCCUGUUUCUUACUUCAAUACACAUUUGAUUUUGUGGAUCCAUUUAACAGCAAAAGCCACGAUAAUUUGUGUUUAAUGACUAAUGAUGAAACCAAAAUAGUAUUUCAUGCUCACAAACAUUGAUCUUAAAGACAUAAGCAAGAACUCUAAUUUUUUAAGGCUUCACAGUUUAUACAUGUAUACAUAGAUACUGGUGCAUUGGGGUACAACCUUACUUCAUCUACAGUGCAAUUAGGUUACCUAUGAUUUAUUAUUUAUAUCAGUCAUGAAUUGUAUGAAAUAUUUCUGUUAAUUAAUAAAUUAGAUUGCAAUAAU